UGAAAAAGCCACGCUGGAGCUCGGCAGGCUGGCUGGGAGGGACAUUGCGGACACUUUAAGCAGCACGUCAAAGACUACAGUCAGCUGGUAGUAGCAGAAAUAACCAAAUGUUGUCAUUUAUAUAUAAUGAUGCUGUUUCACGUGUGGUGACGACACGCGCCAAACUUUUAUCUGGAAGUUUCUAACACUCGGGGCUGCCUUCAGGACUUGAACAUCGGACGAAUAUUGAAAUACAUUGCGUGUCACAUAUGCGUCUGUGAUUUAAAAUAGGUAGCGCCAACAAUUUGCUUCAUUUAGACAAGAAAUAGCUUUCGACGGCGUCAAAUCUGGACCGCGGUUCCACAGGCUGGACUUGAGAGCGAGCCCAUGUGAAAUGGUUCCGACCUGCAACACGCGCUGGGCGGACAUCACUUGACAGAUGAGCGUGGGAGAGAUCGCACCAUGAGGGUCCUGCUUGUGCUGUGCGCCCUGGUCGCGCUGUGGGGGUCCGGCGGUGCCAACAGAAACUGUCCGGACCUGAUCUUGGACAGCUGUCACUGUUCGGCCGAGAGGUCCAAGGAGCUGAGCAGGCAGCAGCAAGUCCGAGUCAAAGUGGUUUGUGAUGAUGUGGAUCUGCUGGAGACUCUGCAUCCAAGCUUUCUGCCCAACAGAACCAUCUCUCUAACUCUGAGUAACAACAAGAUCUCUAUGCUGAGGAACGGCUCCUUCUAUGGCUUGGCAGCUCUGGAAAAACUAGAUCUGAGAAAUAAUCUGAUAAGCACAGUGGAGCCCUGGGCUUUCCGUGGUCUGCUGGCUUUGAGAAGACUGGAUCUGUCCAACAACAGGAUUGGUUGCCUCUCCCCUGAAAUGUUUCUGGAUUUGGGCAGUCUUUUAAAAUUGAAUUUGUCAGGAAAUAUAUUUUCAACUUUGACGGUUGGACUCUUCACACAGCUCAUUGUUCUUAGAGUACUACACUUCAGUACAGAGACUUUGUUCUGUGACUGUCAGCUGAAGUGGCUGCUCCUCUGGGCGCAAAGCAACUCGGUGAGGAUUGGCAACGACACGAUGUGCAUGUUUCCAACACAUCUCCAUGGGCUAGAGUUCCGCAAUCUACGUGAACAGCAGCUCACUUGCGAUGGAACUCUGGAGAUGCCCCUUUUUCAGUUGAUUCCUUCCCAGAGACAGCUGGUUUUCCAGGGAGACCGUCUGCCUCUUCAGUGCACUGCCACUUACCUGGACCCUUCGAUUCAGCUGCAGUGGCACCACAAUGGCCAUAUUGUGACCACGCAAGAGGACCGCGGCGUAUAUGUGGAGGAAACCUUGCUUCACGACUGUUGUCUCCUCACCAGUGAGGUCAUCCUCGCCAACAUGGAUGUGGGCCUUGCUGGUACAUGGGAGUGCCUGGUCACCAGUUCCCGUGGCAACAGGUCCCAGCAGAUGGACAUUGUUGUUCUGGAGACAUCUGCGCCAUACUGUCCUGCUGAUCGCGUCAUCAACAACAAGGGGGAGUUCAGGUGGCCAAAGACUUUUGCAGGCAUCUUGGCCUUCCUGCCUUGUGCUCCUGCCACCUUUGGCUCUGCUUCCCACCCCUCAGGCAGUGCUCCUCGUUUCUCGAGCCAUCGGGUGAAGAAGGCUUGGCGGCGCUGUAACCGCACUGGACGGUGGGAUGCUGAGGACUACACUCAAUGUCCUUAUGCCAGUGAACUCACACGCGUUCUCCAUGAGCUCACCCAGAUAACCAUCAACAGCACAAAUGCCCAACCUUUGGGACAGCAGUUGGUGGCCUUCACCAGCAGAGCAGCUCACUUCUCUGACGUCAUGGAUGUCAUCUUUGUAACGCACCUUGUGGAGAGACUGACCAGGCUGGUGGAGAAGCGCAAGGAGCUCGGGGACUAUAUUUCAGAUAUAGCCAGCAACAUGAUGCUGGUAGAGGAGCAUAUCCUGUGGAUGGCCCAGAAUGAAGCGCGGGCGUGCACUCGCAUCGUUCAGUGUGUUGAGCGCAUUGGUGAUCUGGCACUGAGUAGGGACAAUCGGGCUAUUUCCAAGGUGUCCGCAAACAUCGCUCUGGAAGCCUUUCUGAUCCGACCUUCCAACUUUCUCGGUCUGUCGUGCACAGCGCUCCAAGAGCCUCCAUUGUCAGCCCUACUGGAUAGCCAUACCCUGAAGGAAAAGGAUACAAGAAGAGGACAUGACACCAUGGGCGAAUCGUUCCUCAACUUCAAAUGUGACACUCUCAAUCGUGGAUCACCAGCCAGUCAGCUAAGCAAGAACUCCGUGGCAGUGGCGUCCAUCCAUUUACCUCCCGCAGCGCCGCACGCCUCCUCCUCAUCCUCCUCCUCCUCCUCCUCCUCCUCCGACGUGCAAUCUGUUGAUAACUCCACUUGCAGGCUGCAGUUCAUCGUCUUCCGCAAUGGCAAACUCUUCCCGUGCACUGGGAAUUCAUCCAAUCUGGCCGACGACGGGAAGCGCAGGAGCGUCGCGACACCAGUUGCUUUCACCAAAUUAGAUGGCUGCAGCCUGGGGAGUGUUGUGCACUCCGUCACUAUUGCACUCAGGCACUUUGCGUUGGGGGUAGAACCCACCGCAGCCUAUUGGGACUUUGACCUGCUGGAUGGACAUGGCGGCUGGAGGGCGGAGGGCUGCCACAUAACAGGCUCCGGGGGCAAUACGACCACCAUUCACUGCAGCCAUCUCAACAACUUCGCCGUGCUCAUGGAUCUGAAGAAGGUGCUGUCUUUCCCCCCAUACCCUGGGGAGUUUUUGCACCCGGUCGUGUAUGCCUGCACGGCAGUCAUGUUGCUCUGCCUCUUUGCUUCCAUCAUCACCUAUAUAGUGCAUCACAGCGCAAUCCGCAUCAGUCGGAAGGGAUGGCAUAUACUUCUCAACUUCUGUUUCCAUACAGCUUUGACCUUCGCUGUGUUUGCUGGCGGCAUCAAUCGAAUCAAAUACCCCAUCAUAUGUCAAGCAGUCGGGGUUGUGCUGCACUACUCGUCUCUGGCGACCAUGCUGUGGCUGGGGGUGACAGCGAGGAACAUUUAUAAGCAGGUGGUUAAGAAGCCACCACAGAGCCAAGAUGGUGACCCACCUCGGCCCCCUAAACAGCCAUUGUUGAGAUUUUAUUUAGUUAGCGGUGGAGUGCCCCUCAUCAUCUGUGGGGUCACAGCAGCCGUCAAUAUAGACAACUAUGGCAGCGGGGAGCAAGCGCUAUACUGUUGGAUGGCAUGGGAGCCCAGCCUGGGAGCUUUCUUCGGUCCGGUGGCGCUCAUCGUCCUGGUGACAUGCAUUUACUUCCUCUGUACCUUUAUACAGCUGCGGCGCCACCCUGAAAAGAAGUAUGAGCUCAAACAGCUGACAGAAGAGCAGCAGAGGUUGGCCUCCAUCGACGUGCCAACUCACUGCCAGCAGGCCGCCGAGCCUGGCACCAUGACAGCUCAACCUACUGGGAGCCACUGCCCCGCCGGCUGCCCGGGUGUACCCAUUAAUCCCGCACUGCUGGCCAAUGAGCACUCCUUCAAGGCCCAAUUACGCACGGCGGCCUUCACUCUUUUCUUGUUCUUGGCCACCUGGACUUUUGGGGCGCUGGCUGUUUCCCAGGGUCACUUCCUGGACAUGAUCUUCAGUUGCCUUUACGGUGCCUUCUCCGUCACCCUUGGCCUCUUCAUCCUCAUCCAUCACUGUGCCAAGCGGGACGACGUCUGGCACUGCUGGUGUUCUUGUUGUCCGGGACGGCGGGCCAACGCCUGCCCCGGUGCCCACGGACAGGGCAAGCUUCCGCCCAAAGUCAACGUGAAUGGAGAUACACCCGCGCAUGGCUACGGUCACAGCCACUGCCACCAUGACUCUCCUUGUGAAGCAGUGAUGAGCUGCAGUGUAAGUCACUGCAAACACGCUGCUCUUGCAUCCUCACAAAAUCACGUAACAUGCCUGGCCCCCGUGACGCCGUGUUGCGCUGCCCUGCACAGCCAGCAGCUGAUGGAGGAGGAACCUACAGCUACACAUGUGCUGCUGCAUGCCGAUCCUGAAGGUUACCGACCGGGCAUACAGUUGCACCCCUGCUUGAAGACCAGCACCAGGACUAAAGGCCGCCAAUUCAGCCGCCGGUCUGCCACUAGUGUUUGUGGCGCGACGAGUGAGCGGGAAUACGCCUAUCAUAUCCCUUCCAAUGUGGAUGGAGGCAGCGUGCACAGCUCACACACUGACAGUCCUCACAGCAGCCACGAGCGUCACACCCACACAUGUCCACAUCUUGUCCACGAGGGACAUCACACAUGCCACGCGGCGGCAGCAACUGCCCACGAGGCCCUUGCAUGUCAUAAUCCCUGCCACCGGCAUGUGUGCUGCGCCAAGGCGGACCUUUUCCCUUCCCUGUGCCCAGCAGAGGCAGCGGACGCAGGCGUGUUCCUGUGCGGUUGCAGCAAAGCGGCAGAGGAGGAGCCGAUCCCCCAUCCCCAUAUGGAAAUGCACGGCCCACGCAGACAAUCCUACGCCCAGAACCCACCCAAUCAGAAUGGAAUUCUAAAGGGCGGCGUGAACGAGGGACUACUUUACGCCUCAGACAGCACAGGGAAUAUACGCACUGGACCCUGGAAGAAUGAAACUACUGUGUAGUGCGGGGUGGUAUUGGGGCGCUACACUUCAUUUGAUUCGCCUCCCUUUUAAGAACUGAAGACUAAUACAAACAUCUCAAUCAACGUGAUAUUUGUUAGUGCUGUUUUACUGGACACAAAUUUCACAUCAUAUAAAACAUCAAUACACAAAACAUAACCAUUUCCAUUCACGUAAAUAUUUGAAAAGAUACAAGAGAUGUCCACUCUUUCUAAUCACUACAGAUCUAUUUAUGUAUAAAAGAAAUUGAAAGGUGUGUGUAUGAAUAUGUGUGUUAGUGCUUCAUGGUAACAAGAUGUUUUUUUUUACACUCCAUCCAAUAGUUUAUGAUCAAACUAACCAAAAACCAAAUGUUUUAAGAACUCAUGGCUUCCAUGUUUUAGAAAAAUAAACCAGCAAUUAUAGACCACAUGGGUUUCCUUGCCAUUCGUCAAGUCGUUGUAAAAAGAGUGGUACCUUAGCUUACGAGUAUUAUGAGAUACAGUAAAAGAUGUCGCUCUGCUUUUGUCAUGCUUUAAAUUGCGAGCCUCCGAGCAGCUAAAUGGUGUAGCUUAUAGCUAGAGAUCGAAAAAUAACUUUGUUUUUCAACCAUUGCAAACCAAACCUUUAGCAUCUUGUCCAGCAUCUUCUUCCUGCUUAGGCUUGCUCUUCCACCCACAACCCGGUUUAAUGCACAAUCCUGAAGCUGCUCCGAGUGUCAGGGGGGGUUUUUUGCUCGGCUGGGCUACGAACACCGGCAAAGUCCUUUCAGCUUCCGCUUCACAGCACAUCGCCUGAAAAGCAUCCACUCUUCUCCACAACAACUCUGAUUGUGGGAGAUAGCAUAACUAGUAAAAUUCCCUUUUCCAAUGCCAACACUCGCUGCUAUUUCAGCCUUAUUGACCAGCCUUCAAUUUUCGGUAAAUUGGCUCGUUGUACAUGUUGGAUCAAAUGAGAAAAAUCCUCUCGUCUGCUGGAAGAAGUAAAUGCUGUACAUUACUACUGUAUUGCAUAACUUCAUAAAACUGCUGUAUUGUAGCUGUUUGUACUACUAUUGUAUUGUUUUUCAAACAAUAUUUCUUAUCUAUAAGUUUGUUUUUCUUUUCAAAAGUUGUGUUACAUUUUGAAAUUGUGCUGUUUUGGCACGGAAUAAAUUGAUUUCAGAUCCAAGUAUUCUGAGGUAGGAGCUUGGUUGCAGAACGUAAUGCGCUGGCAGGUUGAAGUACCACUGUAUGUACAAGAAAUCAAACAUGAUGCUGUGUGUUUCUUCCUUAGAAAGGUGAUCUACGACAGUGUCACGUGACUAUUGAAAAGUUUUUCAUUCAUCUCCAUUAAAAAAAAAAAAUCCCAAAGAUUGCAUGCUUUGUUCAACCCAACCAUAAGUAGCCACUCCAACUCUAUAAAGGAAUAUCCAUUCUUACCUGUUUGAUUUGCCUUUGACUCAUUAGACUGCUGCAGGCCAUCAUAUAAUCUCUCAGACCAGGGUUCUGAGCAUUUCUGAAGGGGUUUAUACACUUAAUUUACAUAAAUAGUAUUUUUUUCUACCUACCUAAUGGAAUAUUUGUUCUGAAAAAAGAAGGAAUUUUGACCAAAAGUCUUUAAAGUAUGAUAUUCACGGGGCGAUGACUUCGAUUGAUUUUCACAUAACGCGAACCCUGCAGUUAAACCUUGAUUUGCAAUUAAUGUUGCAGAUUCGGACAAAUAAUCCAGUAUAGAGCUACAGGAGAUGUUUAUGGUUUAUUUGUCACCAUGAAUAUGCUAAAGCUGUGUAUCGCAUGUUUAUUUUAACGAAUGGUGUGUUUUGGUAUGUGUGGACAAGGCCAGUCAGUAUUUAGAAAAUCCAGUAGAAAUAAACAAAUCUGGUUGCAAACCCUGCUCUUGGAAAAAAAAAACACCAUGGCACGCAUAUCAUGUCUCUAUUCAUAGCAUACACUUUUGUCUCUGUGUGUGUAUGAAACUGAAUUAUUUUCUAUCAGAUUUAAGAUAUUUAAAAUGAAAUACGUCUAUAUAUAAAGAAAGUUGUUUGGGGAAAUACUGACCUCGCAAUUCUAAUACUCAGUAUCUGAGUUCAAAAAGGUAUUUUGUUUUCAAAUGUGUUGUCAUUUGAGUUGCCAUUGACUUCAUUGCAUAUGCAGACUCCGUGUGUUGUGAGACUCAUCCUGUUCUAUCCCAAAUAGAGAUGCACUAGUCAUGCUGAUGUCUGGUUUGUGGCAAUGGACUUUGUCACGCUCAGUGUGUUUAAUCUAGAAAUGUCAGUUCGUAAGGAAUCAUUGCGAUUAAAAGUGUGACUUUUGUAUAAAAGAGAAGAGACUCAGUCAUGUGACGCUCCUUUUUUAGAAGCCAGUCAUUAAAUGAUAAAAUGAAAACUUCAAAGAUUAUGCAUGAAUCUUGCUGGAGGUUUUUCCGUGUUCUGGGACAUUAUGGGAGUGCUCAAACAUUGGCCCACAUCUUCGUAGUCACUUAGAUGUUGGCAGCCAGUCCCUCUUAAAGUAAUUGGAGAGGGAUUUGUGACUAUAUCACAAGGUAUAACAAGACAUUUACUUCCUCUGCAAAACACAUUUAACUGAGAAAACAUUGGUUUUGGUUAAUUGCUGUUCGGUUAUAUUCGCUAAGUGUUUAGUUCCAUUGUGUUUGGUGUCAUAGUGCCACUGUAGAAUCCCUUCUCUAUUGUCAGUAGAUGCGCUGUCCCAAAUAAGCAUGAUGGCUUUGUUUGGGGUCACCUGGUGGCUGCUUGAAAACUGACCUGUGGUACUGUGACAAAACCCAAAGCCAGUUUCCCUUUUUUCUACAUUGACACAGAUUCCAAUAAAUGUAUUUU